AUGGAUACUUCACUUAAAGGACCAGGAGAAGCUCAAAAGCACGAUGGCAGUGCUCUUCGCAUUGGAAUUGUACAUGCUAGAUGGAAUACCUCCAUAAUCGAGCCACUUCUCGCUGGUGCAAAGAAGACAUUACUAGCAAGCGGUGUUAAGGAAUCAAAUAUCGUUGUGCAAACUGUACCGGGUAGUUGGGAAUUACCAAUUGCUUGUUCAAAACUCUUCUCGGCCUCCCAAAUCCAAUCCACGCAAACCUCCUCCCUCUCCGCCGGCGACCUCCUCGGCGCCUCCACCACCGACCUCACCUCCCUCCCCACCUCCCAAUCUCAAACCGCAUCUACCGCCCCCUUCGACGCCAUCAUUGCCAUCGGGUGCCUCAUCAAAGGCGAAACCAUGCACUUUGAAUACAUCGCCGAUAGCGUUUCACAUGCCCUCAUGCGCGUCCAAUUAGACACGGGCGUUCCGCUCAUUUUCGGUUUAUUAACCGUACUGAACGAGGAUCAGGCGCUGAUGAGGGCCGGCGUGGGUACGACGGAGAAAGGGAAGGGUCAUAAUCAUGGGGAGGAUUGGGGCGCUGCGGCUGUGGAGUUGGGGGUUAAGAGGAGGGAGUGGGCUGCGGGGAAGAUUGCGUGA